UGCCGCCGCUAUGGAGGGGUCCGCGAGGCGCACACCGGCGUCGGGGUGACUCCAUUCAGCACGUGCCACGCUGUCUUUGCAGAAAGAAGAGCCCAGCCUCCAAAGGCUGAUGGAGCCGGCGCCCAGCAGUGGGAUCCAGCAAGGAAUGAAAAGUUGCAAGAACUUUUUCUGCACGAAGUACAAAUGGGAGAGCUUUGGCUAUCUAGAGGAGAGCACAGAAUGGGGGUUGAACAUCUCAGCAAUGCCCUUUCGAUGUGUGGGCAACCACGGGAACUUCUGAAGGUUUUUAAACACACACUCCCUCCCAAGGUAUUUGAGAUGCUGUUACACAAAAUUCCCCUGAUUUGCCAGCAAUUUGAGGCAGACAUGAAUGAACAGGAAUACUUGGAAGAUGAUCCUGAUUGAAAAAACACUUCAACGUAUCCACAGUCCAAUCAGAAUACUAUAUUAUGAUAUAGCAUAAACAACUGCGCAGUGAUAUUUCCAUUUAUUAUUUAACUUGUAGAAAUAAAAAUUUUUUCUAUCUCA